UAAAUAGAAGGGAUUCUGGUGUACUGGUAUAUACUAUAAAUACCGUAUUCCGAAACCGAAUAUUCAUUACAUUCAUUUCGCUUUUUGUAUAUACACAAGAAACUUCAUUUUUAUUUUACAAAUACUUUGAUAAUUGUACGAAGAGAACUGCAAAAUGGCCAUAAAGGUAAGAGUUUUUGAAUCUGUAAAAUAUAUCGCAAUUUUUAUACGAUAAACAACAUCUUAAAAAUUUAUGAAAACCCAUUUUUAAUUAACUAUACAGGAAUUCUAUCAUAUUAUUUGGGUUGUUUUAAAAUUGUGUUUUAUUUUGACAGAAUUUUUUAUAAAUAUCUAACUAAAAAUAUAACUAUCGAAUAAAAGCAACAUUUGUAAUAGUAUUUGUUUUUUUUUCUUUUAAUUUAAAAUAUAGUAUAUUAAAUUGUACUCAAAUUUAUUGACUGAUUUAUUUAUUAAUUUGUGUAUGAUAUUUCGAUUAUAAGUUCCCAAUCAUAGUUCAACCAAAAUACUGGAGUAGAGAUUAUUCACCAAAUAUUUGUACAUAGUUAUUUUGACCCGAUUUAUAAAAAAAAAUGUCCAAAGUAGUUUUUUUAGCAAUUACAUAGUCGGAUACACGAAGUUCUUCUUCACUGUUACCUUCGUCUUUUGCCAUCACGCGAGUAGGAUCACAGCUAUUCACUAUUUUGGUACCUCCAAUUCAUUGCUCUGUCUAUCACAUUGGUUCUCGUCAACACCAUCCUUUCUUACUUCAUCAUUUUAAUCAGAAACAAUAUUUUUUUUCAUAUUCAUCUCUUCCACCAGGUUCGCAUCAUUAUAAAAUUUUCAUAUAUUUUUUAAUUUUUUAGAUUAUCGUUUUAUCUGCGCUGUGCUGUCACUUAGUGUUCGCCUAUCCGCCACAGCACCAGAGCAGUCACUACGAUCACCACGUCGACGCUUACGAGCACCACGCGCCCACCCCGUACAAAUUCAAAUACGGCGUACACGAUCCGCACACUCAUGACAUCAAGAGCCAACAUGAGGAAAGCGACGAACACGGAAACGUCAAAGGUUCCUACAGUCUGGUGGAACCCGACGGUUCUACCCGAGUAGUCGAGUACACGGCCGACCACGAACACGGAUUCGUAGCCAAAGUGAAGAAAAUCGAAUCGGCCUACCAUCACCACGACGAACACGAGUACCAUCACGAACCCGUGGUCCAUUCGUCUUACACUCCGUACUCUCACCAUAAACUAUACUGAUCCUGUUUCAAAUGUUUUAUCAUGUGCUCAGAUUACCAAAACAAAAAUACAAAAAUAUCUU